AUGGCGAUGAAUAUGCCGCCCCCGUCUCCGCGGACAGAGAAACGGCGCUUGGCGGGUGCCCCGGCAGAGCUGGAAGUGCUGGCAUCUCCCUCCAAGAGAGGGACGCCCAGCAAGAACCGCUCCUUCUUCUCCACCAGCGGGUCGGACAACCCUCGCACGCCGGCCGAUGUCAGCUGGAUCCGGGAGCAGGCGGGCACGACGCCUCGUGCCCUGGACCGCGACUUCCUGGCGGCGUCCCCCGCUGCCGCUGUCGACGUCGGAGUUCCGGUAGCAGCAGCAGCAGCAGGGAAGGCGACGAAGCAAGCCACGGCCACGGCGACGCCGACAAAGAGCAAGAUGUUCAACAGGAGGACGUGGACCAAGGAGGAGAACGACCAGCUGCACGAAGGGAUAGCGUCGCUUGGCGGUCCUAACUCGAACUUCGGAAAAAAUGAAUGGAACAAGAUCGCCCACCACUUCCUGAAGGGCUCGCGGACGGGCACGCAGUGCGCCACCCACUGGAAGAUGGUGGUGAAGCCGGCCCUGCUCAAGGGGGUGUGGUCCGCCGAGGAGGACGCCGUCAUAUUCGACUGCGUCGCGCGCGGGGUCACCGACUGGACCGAGGUCGCGGCCGCCCUGCCCAAGCGCAAGCCCAAGCACUGCCGGGAGCGCUGGAGCAACCACCUCGACCCGAGCCUCCGCAAGGGUCCCGGCUGGACAGCCGCCGAGGAGGUCAAGCUCGUCAGCGCGGUGGAGGCCAACGGCACCAACUGGAGCCUUAUCGCCCGCCAUUUCCCCGGCCGGAGCGAGGCGGUGAUCCAGCAGCACUGGAACGAGCUCGUGUUCCGCAACUCUGUGGGCGGGCGGCGCGGCCGGAGCGGGAUGGAGUCGGGGGGGGGCGUGGCUUGCAGCGGGAGGGGGAGGGCGAAGGCGUCGACGCUGCCGGGGGAGCCUUCGGAGAUUUUCCUGGGCGACCUGGGGGGCCAGGACCUCAUCGCGCGAGAGACGGAGCAGCAGCAGCAGCAGCCGGCGGUGACGCUCACGGACCGCGAGAAGGCUCUCAUGGACCACGCCUUCAAGACGGGCUUGAACGGUUGCGAUAUCGGGUCGCUCACGCUGUCGAGCGAAGAGGACGACCUCUUCGCUCCCCUCACCGCUGCCCUGCUGCGUGACGAGGAAGGCUGUGGUGGGUGCAGCCCUUCGGGCAUGCCGCCACCGUCGCCGACUUGUUCCCCGCUCAAGGCGCACAAGCAGCAGCCGGACUACACGUCGAUCGGGGAUCAGCUCGGGGACGGCUGGGUGGUGGACGACGACCCCGCGCUCGCUGACCUCUACAGGAGCCUGGACAACAUCGGCGAAUCCCUGUUCAACGAGGACAACUUCGAGCUGAGCUUCGACUUCGACAACGUCGGCAAGCCCGCCCCGUCGUGCGAUAGCGGCCUGAGCUGCGGCCAGCAGACCAACCCUUCCAAGAGCUGGGAUGCUCCAGGCCUUCUCCCGUCGCAGGAAAAGAGCGGGUCUCCGUUCCGCCAGGCCGCGGCCAACGCGGCAGCAACCUUAGGACGCCAACAUUCUCCUGCCAAGCGCGAGCCACAAGGGCCAUCAAAGGGGAAGGAGCUUGAGGAGGCGUGCGCGAGGGCCGCAGCCGCUGCUGCCGCCGCCCGCCGCGGCCGCUCAGGCAGCGGCCCCGCAGCCGCCAACGGUUUUGGCGGCGGCGGCGGCGGCGGCGGCUGUUGCGGUGGCCCCAGCGCCGGCCGCACCAAUCCCGGAGCCCGUCGCCGGACCUCGCGUCAAGCAAGGAUUCCUCCGACGACUGCUGUUCUCGGCCGGCGUGACGCCCACGAAACAGAAGUCCCAGACGCCGUUUUCGACCGUGCGUGGCUGUCUCUCGGAGGCGAACGCACCGUCGCCGCCGCCACCGCCGCCGCCGCAACCGUCCGGUUCGCCUGUUGCGGCAGCGGGGCCGGGCUCUCCGGCCGGGGGCGGAGGGGAGAACCAAGUGCCGAAGAGAAGGGGCCAGCCGCUGUCCAUCGCGCUGUUCGCUCAGGACUCGGUGUGGUCCACCGAAUCCGGCGACAACCGCAGAGCGGUCGCGCCCAGCCUCAAGCACGGGAAGGCGGAGGCGCGUUUGAGGUGGGGGGUGGCCUUGCUUGCAGAGGACACCCGUGA